CAUUCACUGAGUUCAUACAACAAUCAUGGCUAAGUGGAGCAUCAUUGCCCUCGCCCUCGUCGGCUGCGCCGUGGCAGAGCCCCCAGUCGGCUACAGCUAUUCCGCGCCAUCUUCUCUGGUAGUAGUUGGAGGCGGAUCUAGCCAUGGCUCUCCCCUGGCCAGCGGCGGUCACUACAGCUCAGUCCCAGUCGGCUACCAGACCUCAGAAGGCUACCACAUCGACCCUCAUCUACUCGAGAAGAUCAGGCACAUCAUCCUUAAGGACGAAAUCCAGAACCAAGCUUACCAGUCAUCUGUUGGAGGUGGUCACGGACACGGUAUCUCUUCCCACUACGGAGCUCCUGCUCCAGUGUACGGAGUUCCUCACGAUAGGAUCGUAGGUGUUGAGUUGGAGUCCCUCCAGCAAGGCAUCCAAGUAGCGCAAUACCACCAGGCCGAGGAAGGUUACGGAGGUGGUUACGCCGGCGGUUACGCUAGCGGUGGUUACUCCAGCGGUGGUUACUCCGGCGGUGGCUACUCCGGCGGUGGUUACUCCGGCGGUGGUUACUCCGGUGGUCACGGCUCCAUCUCCUACAGCUCUCCUUCCUACACCACCAUCGGCGCUCCCUCAGGCUCCUACGGCGUCCCAUCACCCUCAUCGUCAUACGGCUCCCCGCACCACUAA